AUGGCCUCGUAUACUGAUUUUUAUACUUUCGCCUUACUCGUGGUGUUGAAGUCGUCCGCUGUUGGCAAAACUACAUUGCAAGUUGCCGGACUGGCUGGUGUCCGUCAUCGUCCAGUUCAUCCUAUCAAUUGGAGAACUAUCGUUGCUGGCUUCGGGGUUGGGUAA